AUGCGCGUGACUCCAAGAGGCGCUAGGCCUGUUCGGGGUGAGAGCUUCCCUGGCGCUGUGAUCGCGCGGGCGAACGCUGGCUGGUCAGCUUGCACGAGAUCGAAGGACGCUGUGGCGUUGGAGCACCCUGCAUCAAGCGGAGACGAGAGACUGCGCUGUUCUGUAAGACGAACGUAUCAAUAAUCAGGCUGCUAGAGAACUGAUGACUGGUAAAGAAAGAUCGGGGGAGGAUCGAAAACGCAGGAUCGUAGCGAAAAAGAAAAAAAAGCAAACGUGGCGGGCAGGUGGAUUAGAGAGGAAAAAGAGAAGAGUCGUUUUUUUUAAAGGUUGCCGCGUUCUUAUGGUUUUCUCUCUCCCCACCCCCCGCGAUGCUGGAAGAUGAUGAGUGAAUGACGCCGGUUUGACUUCGACAGCAACAAGCGGUAGACUCUGCAAAGGCGAAAUGGUGAUGUAAAGCCAACCAGAGAACAGCAGAAGUGCAUUGGCAACAGCAGCGUUUCAGCUCUUGGUUCCGUGGUUUCCCACCCGCUAUUGGCUUUGAAGUCUGUCCGCAACCACAAAAAAAUAUAGUCUUUUGGCAUACCCUUAUCCAUCCGUCCCCCCCCAACACCCGCCGCGGCCCUUCUCACCCUGUCUGUCCUGUCUUCUGCUUUUUCUUGACAACCUUGACCUUCUGUUGCCGUUGGCGCUUAACUCCAGCUGCUUCCAGAUGGGGCUCUCUCUUCUUUAGCGCGACUCGACAGAGGUGGAUUGAAGAUUUGCCGCUGACCAGGCGCUUGCUUGCUUGCAAUCUGUCCAUUCCCUUUUCCGCC